CAUUGGAGGGGCUCACGCAGAUAUUUGCUGCUUGGUGGUUCGUCAACGUCAUGGAGGGACCCGUCCCGUCCCUCUCGCUCAUUUUCGCCCGCUCCCCUCUCCAUCCAAUCAUCGAGAGACGUACGCCAGCGAGCGAGCGGCAGCCCGAGGAGGAGGAGGCGAGGCGAGGGAUGGCGCGGCGCGGGCCGGUUGAGCUGCGGCGUAUCGAGGACCGGACGAGCCGGCAGGUGCGCUUCUCCAAGCGCCGCUCGGGCCUCUUCAAGAAGGCCUUCGAGCUCGGCCUCCUCUGCGACGCCGAGGUCGCGUUGCUCGUCUUCUCCCCCGCCGGCAGGCUCUACGAGUACGCCUCCUCCAGCAUAGAAGAUACAUACGACCGCUAUCAGGCAUUUGGAGGAGCCGGAAAGAACCUGAAUGAAGGCGGUGCAAGCACCAACAGUGAUGGAGAUCCUUCAAAUAUACAGUCAAGGCUUAAAGAGAUUGCUUCCUGGUCUCUUCAAAACAAUGCUGAUGACGCAGAUGCUAAUGAGCUAGAGAAACUGGAGAAACUACUCACAGAUGCUUUGGAGAAUACAAAAUCCAAGAAGAUGUUGGCGCAACGAAAUAGCGGCGCAAGAACCAGUGCGAGCGGCGCGAACUCCAUCAGUCUUAGGGGACAGGAGGAAGGAAGGAGCUGAGCAGUCUAUGUGUAAUGCAUGUAUUUGCUGCUGAUGCUACACUGCUGCCUUGCCUUGUGCUUUUCCUAUCAGUCUGUUGUCAGUCUUCACUGCUGCUAGUGUCAUACGCAGCUGCGUGAGAAAUAAGUUUAUCUUGAUGUGCACUUCCUAUAAACUAGAUGAUUUCCCCGUGCGUUGCUGCGGAAACUUAAAA